AUGUCAGAUCCAUUUCUCUACACAUAUCCGUCGCCCUUGGAGGGGUAUGAAAACCUUCCACCUCUUUCUGAUGAGCUGAACGAGGACGGCAAAUCUCUCAAGAACCCCGAAACAGGUGUCCUGAGCGAGGCAUACCAGAGGUUCACGUCUGGCAUUACCAAUGGACAACGCGCAGGCUUCGACGUCCAUAUUUACUAUCACACCCGAAGUGCAGAGCAGACCGAAUUUGCGAGAGCACUAUGGGAGAGAGUCCGGAGGGAGUUCCCCGAACUGAGGGUAUACCGGUUCUGGGACCAUCCGGUUGGCCCACACACUCUGGCCAUGUUCGAGGUCAAUAUCUUCACGCCGGCACAGUUUGGAGCCUUCAUACCAUGGCUGGUGAUCAAUCGGGGUCCUCUGUCGGCCCUCGUGCACCCCAACACUGAAGAUGGUGAGGAUCUGAGAGCACAUAGUCAGCGGGCCACAUGGCUGGGGGAGCGAGUUCCGCUUGAUCUAGGCAUGCUGAAGAAAUUCGACGACAAACGCCGUAGUGAGCAAGGAAAGGAUGGGAGCAAUUGA